AUGAAGGUCGAGGCCCUCUCUAAAUCGGAGUCGAUGGACGGAAUUCUCAUCUCUUGGCGUCAGCCAAUAGAUAACGAAUUAAACCCCGCCGACUUCUACGAGAUUCGGGUCUCCGGAUCUGUCGAAAAACCGUUUUGGCAGAAGUAUGUUACAGCCGAGCUACAGUACAUCCUCAACGAAAUUUGCGGCAUAAACACUUAUUUCAUCCGUGUCGUGGCUAGCAACCUGGUCGGAAAGGGGGAAUAUCAGUCACUACAGUUGCCUUUACCAUAUCCAAAUCCUUCAGCUCCGACAAACGUUCAAGUGCGAAGGUUGCAAGGCCAACGUGGAUUCCAAAUUACUUGGAAUGACUCCAAAGUCUUUGAUAUGCCCGCCAGCUGCAUACUGAUGUACACCGUCGUCUUCUCAGUCAUCGGAGAGGAGGGCUCAAAGUUUGAGGUCCAUUCCCUUUUGGCUGGAACGGGUAUGUUGGAAGUCUGA